AUGGCGGUGCCAAAGAUUCCUCUUCCUUAUGGUAAAAGGUAUCACAUCUUUAUGUCGUUCUGUUCAGAAGAUCAGGAAAUUGCUCUUCCGUUGAUAGAUAAUUUAGAGAAUCAUUACCAGCUUAAGUGUUUGAAUCAUAUCAGAGAUUUUGUUCCGGGUGUGUCAUCAGUGGAAAAUAUUUUAAACGGGAUUGAAAACAGCAUGAAAAUCGUGUACCUGGUUUCAAAGAAAUUUAAGGACAGCCAGCUAUGUGGUCUAGAAAUCCUUUAUGGGAUCAAGGCUUCUCAUGAUCAAUGUGAAAAUAGCAUGAUUCCAGUAUUACUGGAAAAAACAAAAAUGCCAAGAGAAUUGGAAACAAUAAACUACGUGAACGCAACCAUUACGGGUACAGACAUAGCUUCUAAAAUUUAUGAUGCCUGCCUUUUUGGAGCAUGUAUGGAAGAAGAUAGACCGGAGUGUGAGACCGCUUCUCCAGCAGCAGAAUCUAGCAGAACUAGAGGACAACCUAGUCUCCACAUG